UCCCACCAGCCUCCCUCCAGCCUCCCUCCAGCCUCCCACCAGCCUCCCACCAGCCUCCCACCAGCCCGCCCCCCGCAAGGGGCGGCCGCUGUCUGAGCGCAGCGCUCCACUCAGCCGGUGCCGGGGCGACACCCACCGCGGUGCAUCACCCGCCCCACCACCUAACAACAACAACAACCACCACCAUCACGCCCUUCUCCACCCAACCCCGCCUCUCGCAACCGCCUCCUCCGGCUAUAAAAGGGAGGUGAGUGGCCGCUGGGCAGCGAGAUUCCUGGCGAGACCUCAAGCCACGCUCACAGACAAACAGGCAAACAAACAGGCAAACAAACAGGCAAACAAACAGGCAAACAAACAGACAGAUAGACAGCCAGACAGACAGACAGCCAGUAGCUGUGUGUGCACGCACGCCGACGUGAGGUCCACACAGGAGAGAUCUCGCACACGCAUUAAUCCACUCACCCCACUCACCAAACCAACCUCUCUGCGUGUCUCACUGCACCACCCCACUCUGACGUUCCAAAGUAAUCCUGGGGGGACUUCCCGAGUCGCCAGCGCCGCUCGCAAACGGCAACCCGUGCUUCGUUCCACGCGACUUCCACACAACAUUGGCCGCGAUGGCUCCCAGACAGCAGCAGCAGCAGCAGGAGUACGUCGUCCCGACCAAGAACUGCCACCGAAUGGUGGUGCUGGGUUCAUCCAAAGUGGGGAAGACGGCGCUGGUGGCCCGCUUCCUCACGGGUCGCUACGAGGACACCUACACCCCGACCAUCGAGGACUUCCACCGCAAGCUGUACCGCAUCAGGGGGGAGCUCUACCAGCUGGACGUCCUCGACACUUCGGGGAAUCAUCCCUUCCCGGCCAUGAGGCGCCUCUCCAUCCUGACCGGUGACAUCUUCGUGCUGGUAUUCAGCCUGGACAACCGCGAGUCUCUGCACGAGGCGUGCCGCCUGCGCGAACAGAUCCUGCAGACCAAGGCGUGCCUGCGCAACCGGCCGACGCACUCCCUGGACGACGUGCCCAUCGUCAUCUGCGCCAACAAGGCGGAGCCGGCGUCGCAGCAGCAGCAGCAGCUGGCCCCCGGGGCUGCUGCUGCUGCUGGAGACAGCCCCGGGGGCCAGCAGCAACAGCAGCUGCAGCUGGCCCCCGGGGCUGCUGCUGCUGCUAUUGCUGCUGCUGCUACUGCUGCUGCUGCGGGAGACAGCCCCGGGGGCGCCGAUCCCUCGCAGCCUCCCGGGGCGCUGUCCCGGGACGAGGUUCUGGCCGUGCUGGGGGCCGGCGUGCCGUACUUCGAGGUGAGCGCCAAGCGCAACCAUGGCGUGGACGAGAUGUUCCACGCGCUCUUCACGCUGGCGGGGCUGCCCCGAGAGAUGAGCCCUGCCCUGCACCGACGCGUCUCGGCGCUGCCCUGCCCGGGAAGGGGCGGCGGCGGCGGCGGCGGAGGAGGAGCGGGGGUGGAAGGGGACAGCGACUGUGACAGGCAGCCUGGCGGGCACGGCAAGAGCAGCCUGUGCGGGGGCUCGGGCUCGAAGGCGAUGGACGCGUGGGGCCUGGUGGCCACGUGCGCGCGCAGGCCCAGCGUGCACAGCGACUUGCUGUACGUGCGCCAGAAGGCGCUGCUGUGUCGCUCGCAGAGCAAAGAGCGCUCGGACAAGUGCUGCAUCAUGUGAUCAAGUGCUGCAUCAUGAUGUGAAGAAGUGCUGCAUCAUGUGAUCAAGUGCUGCAUCAUGAUGUGAAGAAGUGCUGCAUCAUGAUGUGAAGAAGUGCUGCAUCACGUGAAUUCGUGCUCCAUCGUGAUGUGAAGGGGUGCUGCACCACACAAACAAGUUCUGCAUCUUCUUUGGUUCUUUCGGUAAAGUCACGUAGAAUGAGAAUAAAAUAAUAAAAUAAAAUAAGACAAUAAAAUUCUCACGACGUUUCGGCCACAACACA